AUGGCUUCACCCGCCGCCAAGAGCGGCUCUCAUCACAGUUUCCAUGUGGACUACGUCAUUCAAUAUAGCUAUGCCAAUAGAGAUCCGUCCAAAGCGUCUCAGGAGCUAGAGCUUCUUCUGCGGAAGCUCUGGGAGGUGGGAUUGCAAACCGAAGUGAGGCCGGGCGAGGACUCCAACCUGCUUGUCUUCGUGCGGGCAUCUAAGAAAAAGAGGCUGCGACGGGCUCUGUACCAGUCCCGAAUCCGCGAUUGGCUCCAUGGCGUCCGCAGCUCCGAACCCGAGGAUGAGUCCUCCGCCGAACCACAGACGGAAUCCGAGCGACUGCGCAUUAUAAACCAUAUGAUAACGCUUCCGCAUGAUUUGGGCGGCGCGGGGAUCACGCCCCAGCAUGGUCAUUGGAAGAAUGUGCUUGCGAUAUUCCCACUUCAUGACGAGGAGAAGAAUAAGGAGUAUUUGACGGAUUGGAGUCAGAAGACGUUUUUGUCUGAGGGCGAUCUGGACCAUAUACGGGAUAAGUUUGGGGAGAGCAUCGGAUUCUACUUUAUGUUUCUGCAAUCGUAUUUCAGGUUUCUGCUUUUCCCUGCGGCUUUCGGGUUCUCGUGCUGGCUGUUAUUGGGGUCUUUCUCUGUGAUAUACACCGUGGUUAACUGUCUCUGGGGUGUGAUCUUCAUUGAGUAUUGGAAACGACAAGAGGAGGACCUCAGCUGUCGAUGGCAAACCAAGGGAGUUUCCGUUGUUCGAACCACGCGGCGAGAAUUUAAGCCAGAAAGAGAGGUUCAAGAUCAGGUUACUGGCGAGACCCACGGUGUUUUCCCGGCGACAACUCGGCUGCAGCGGCAGCUUCUCCAGGUUCCGUUUGCCCUGUUCUCAGCUGUAGCCCUGGGUGCUAUUAUCGCAACCUGUUUUGCGAUUGAGAUAUUCAUAUCUGAGGUAUACACUGGGCCGCUGAAGACAUACUUGGUCUUCAUUCCGACCAUCUUGCUGUCAGCCCUGAUUCCAACCAUGAGCGGAGUCCUCGUUCAGGUCGCGACGAAGCUUAACGACUUUGAAAACUAUGAAACACAAGCCGCCUAUGAUACAGCGCUAACGCAGAAGAUUUUCGUCAUCAACUUCAUCACGUCGUACCUCCCGAUCUUUUUAACGGCAUUCGUCUACAUCCCAUUUGCCAGUCUCAUCGUCCCUCACCUCGAUGUCUUCCAUUUGACAGUGCGACCUUUCGUGUCAAAGGAAAAAGCGACCACCACACGUGGACAUUUCACCAUCGACCCUGACCGACUACGAAAGCAAGUUAUCUACUUUACCGUUACGGCUCAAGUCGUGGGACUUGGGAUGGAGACUGUUGUGCCAUACUUGAAGCAGCGAUUCGCUCGCCAGUACAAGGAGUACAAGAAGAAAAAGAAUGGACGGACAGACACGGGUCUAGAACGCGAGACCAAGAGGCCACGACAGCACUCGUACAGCGACCAUCGUGAUGAGGUUGAAUUCCUCACGCGCGUCCGCAAGGAAGCCGACCGGGACGACUACGAUGUCACGGAUGACCUGCGAGAGAUGUGCAUUCAAUUUGGUUACUUGGCUUUGUUUUCGCCCGUCUGGCCCCUGGUGCCAGUUUCCUUCCUGAUCAACAACUGGGUCGAGCUUCGUUCCGACUUUUUCAAAAUAAUCAUCGACUGCAGGAGGCCUACUCCUGUGCGGGUGGAUACGAUUGGACCUUGGCUGGACACCCUGGGCUUUCUCUCGUGGGUGGGGAGCAUCACUAGCGCAGCGCUGGUAUACAUGUUCAACACAAGCACCCACGGGCCAAAGGGCGAACCUUCGGCGAUCAAAGGAUGGGCACUUUUGUUGACAAUAUUCUUCGCGGAGCACCUGUAUCUUAUUGUGCGGUUUGUGGUCCAGGCCACAAUGGCCAAGUUCGUGCCCCAUAACGUCCGCCGCGAGAAAACAGAGCAGUACAUGAUCCGGAAGCGGUACCUGGAGUCGACACUUGGCGCGCGGAGCAGCGAUGACGAGGAGGACCUUACCGCGAAGGACGAAUCCAUGGAGCUAUCUGACAUAACCCGGAAGUCACUUGAAGAGGAUGCUCGGGCCUGGGCUAAGCAUAAUACCGACCCGGAAGAGCGAUUCUGGAUGAGACAGAAGGGUUGGAGGGAGGCUGUUACGGUGGGGACUUCUAUUAUCGAAAGCCAGGCUGAAGAAUCGAAGAAGGAGCAGUGA